AUGGUAUUAGCAGAUUGGGGAAACCAAAUCUCAUCGGCUCUUGCAGCCAUGAGUAACUCAACUAUCAUCAAUGAGGAGACUAUCAAUCAUCUCCUUAAAGAGGUCGGCAAUGCCUUGAGCAGAGCUGAUGUAUCGAUGAGUUUAAUCAUCAAGAUGAGAAAGAAUAUUCAAGCUCAAAUCAAACUCGACCAAAUGGCUGCUGGUCUAAACAAGAGAAGAAUCAUCAGAAAGGUAGUAUUUGAUGAACUUAUUAAAUUACUUGAUCCAGGUGUUACACCAUGGAAACCAACCAAAGGAAAAUCAAAUAUUAUUAUGUUUGUUGGUCUACAGGGUGCUGGUAAAACAACAAGUGUAACUAAAUUGGCACAUUUUUAUAAGAGAAAGGGAUGGAAUACUGCGAUGGUAUGUGCCGAUACAUUCAGAGCUGGUGCUUUUGCACAGUUGCAACAUAAUGCCACCAAGGCAAAGAUUCCAUUCUAUGGCAGCGAGUCUGAAAAGGAUCCAGUAGCAGCCGCCAAAAAGGGUGUGGAGAUUUUCAGAAAGGAGGGUGCAGAGAUCAUCAUUGUCGAUACUUCGGGUAGACACAAACAAGAAUCAGAGUUGUUCAAGGAAAUGAGUGAAAUUGAAACUGUCAUUCAACCAGAUAACGUUAUUUUCGUAAUGGACAGUUCUAUUGGUCAAGCUGCUUACGAUCAAGCUAUGGCAUUCAAGACUUCAGUUAAAGUUGGUUCUGUCAUUAUCACAAAGAUGGAUGGUAAUUCAAAGGGUGGAGGUGCUAUUUCUGCUGUUGCAGCAACUCAAAGUCCAAUUAUUUUCAUUGGUUCUGGUGAACAUAUUCCAGAUUUGGAAAUAUUCAAUCCAACUUCAUUUGUUAGUAAAUUACUAGGUCUUGGUGAUGUCAAUGGUAUGGUUGAAAUGAUUCAAGAUGUUGUACCACCUGAUCCCAACGCAUGGAAGGAAAUGUCUGAAGGAAACUUUACAUUUAGAAAUAUGAAACAACAAUUCCAACAAAUCAUGAAUAUGGGUCCAAUUGAAAAAAUUGUACAAAUGUUCCCAGGUAUGAGUAAUAUGCCAAUGUUACAAGGAGGUGAAGGUAAUUUGAAACUUAAAGCAUAUAUGACUAUUUUGGAUAGUAUGACAGACGAUGAAUUGGAUGGAAAGAAACAAAUGAAUCCAUCGAGAAUGCUCAGAAUUGCACGUGGUAGUGGUAGACACCCAAGAGAGGUUGGCGAAUUGACAGAACAAAAGAAAAUGUUUGAAAAGAUGUUCAAAAAGGGUGGAGGUCUUAGCAAUCUCGCCAAUAUGGCUGGUGGUGGCAAGGGCGGCCAAAUGCCAAACCCAAAGAACUUACAACAACUAGCCGGCAUGGUACCACCACAAAUGAUGAAACAAAUGGGUGGCAUGGGUGGUAUCCAAUCAAUGCUAGGUCAACUUAAAAAUAUGAACAUGAAAGGAAUGGGUGAUAUGAUGAAAAAUUUCGGUGGAAAUAAUCCAUUUGGUGCAGAUUAA